AUGGCCACCUCUUCUCUCGCACCACGAGCCAUGUUUGACGAGCAUGACCAGAACGACAUAAUUUACCCUCAUGAUGACCCACUGGUAAUGAUAGUGAGAAUUGCAAACUGGGAAGUGGAUAGGAUAUUGAUAGAUGGAGGCAUCUCAGCCAACAUCACAUACAUUAACGCGUUCAACGAGCUGAAGUUGGACAAGAAGGAUCUAAAGAGGGUGAGUUACGAAGUCACCGGGUUUAAUAGAUCAGGGUUAAACCCGGAAGGCAUAAUCGAGCUCUCAGUCCGGGUAGGAGAGAGAUCAAGAAGGCGUGAUGUUGGAGCAGAAUUCCUUAUGAUAAACUCUCCUUCACCCUACAAUGUGAUCAUGGGAAGACCACUCAUCUACAAGAUAGGCGGAGUGGUAUCCACCUAUCACCUUGCCAUGGCCUACACAACUAAUGAGGGACAAUUAGUAAAGCUCAAGGGAAGCAAGAAAACAGCUCAACAAUGUUACAUAACUGCCCUAAAGCAGCCCACAAAAACCAGAUAG